AAUGUUAGCUAAAUUAACAUUUUCAUUUCAUUUUUUAUCAUAUUGAAUGUUUAUUUUUGAUUUUUUUCCUUAAAUUUUAAGAUUGAGUGAUUAUUUACUUCGUUAUUCUGUUCAAUAUCUUCGUUGACCAAUCUACUAGUCAUUGAAAUUUUACUACAAAUUUUUUAAGCUGGUCAUGAUCAAAUAUUCUCAAUGAAGCUUUCACCUUCAAUUCUUAGCCACCCUAAUCAAGCCCUGGAUGAACAUCUUUUUAACAAAGAAUCAUUAAUGUGAAUCUGAUUUGCCGAUUGUUAAUUUAUUGAAUAUUUUGUGCAAUUUGUUUUAUUUUUUUAUUCUCUUUGUUUUCAUUCUGCAUCUCGGAGUGAUACUCUCAAUAUAUUUGGAUUUUCAAAAAAUUUACUUUUGUGGGAUGCAAAAAACACUGUGCUAGAAAUUAUCCCAAAUCAUGUGUUAUUUAUGAACUCAAGCUUUGAAAUUAUUUAUCGGAAUUAAUAUGUCUUCACCUGAUUCCCAUCCACCAGAAUCGAGCACAUCAUCAUCAACCCAUGAUUCUGAUGAUUUUGCAACUGUUCUAAACACAGAUGCAGCCGGUGAUGCUGAAAUCAAUACAACCGACAACCAAACUAAUAGGACAGACAGUAAUGUUGAAUCUGAUCCUACGUCCACAACCCAACAAGAUAACCUUAAUAACAACCCAGCUCCAAAUCAAGAUGCAAGAGAAUCUAUAAAUUUUGGUCUCUUCACUAUUAACUUCAGUGGAACUGUUCCUCGGUUCAUUGGUAUAUUUAUUGAAAACGUCACUCCGAAUGCUCAUGGAAGUGUGUCUGCUAAUGCAACCCAAGUGGGUAAUACUAUUGUUGGAAAUAUUAAUCAAGCUCAUGGCGGAACCAGAAAUUUCACUGGUAACGAUUUAACUGGAAUAAUUCCAAUUGGGAAUGGUGGCAAUAGAUUACAUAAUCACCUAUUUACUAUGAGAGAAAGAUUAUUUCGAGUCCUCUUCAUGAAGUUUGCAGUGUGGUAUGCUUUAAAAACUUCUAAUCGAUUAAGAAAGUCUAUCGAAUAUGGUUUUUUACUAAUGGCCAUAUUAUCUCUGUUAACAUUAUCUUACCUUCAUAUAAUAUUUAUUCAGAGGCCUAUUAAUUGCCUUGAAAAUGCCCAAGAUUUGUGGCCAAAAGAAGGAAUUCUGAGGGUUGAAAUAGUUUACUCGAGUGAAAAUUUAGAAUCUAAUGAAAUUGGACUAUUAAGUUCGUCGAUAACAAGCUAUAAUGAUUCUAUAGACGAAUUACAGAAUGAUCCUGGGGGUGGUGAAGGAGCGGUAACAAAUAGUGCCACGGAAGGUGAAUUAAUAUCCAUUCCAUCUAAAGAUGAAUCAGAUGUGCCAGAUUCGCCAUCUGAAUCAUCGAAGCCAUCAUUUACUUCAACUUUAUCAUCAAACUAUCGAAAGUCCAUCAACCCAACCAAAUCAAGUGAUAAUGAAAUGGAUACAGAAAAUAUGAUUAAUCUGGACGCUAAUUUAAGUAAAUCAUUAAUUAAUAGUCAAGAAAAUAGCUCUGCGGAACUCUCGGAAGAUGACCUAUCACAUCUUCAAAUGUUUGCCAGAAUGGUAUGGCCUCAAGUUCAUCGUAUUGUAGAAUAUUCGCUCGAAUAUGGAUUCCUCCGACUAACCACCACAACCAGAGAAAAAUUAAAUAUUCCAGUCAAAGUCAUCACCCUUGAUCCAAAUCGUGAUAAAUGUUUCGGAGGGCGAUUCAGUCGAUUCCUGUUGAAAUAUUUCUUAGGAUAUGAUGACAUUUUGAUGGGCAGCUUAAAAGCUCUAGCGGAAAAGCAGGAUAAUAAAGGUUAUGUUCGAAAUGUAGUCACUGGAGAACAUUAUCGAUUUGUAAAUAUUUGGAUGACUAGAACUGCGUAUUUUCCAGCUCUUUUCAUUAUGUUGGUUUUCACUUUAUCUAUAUCAAUGUUAUUACGAUAUUCACAUCAUCAGAUUUUUGUAUUUGUUGCGGAACUUCUACAAAUGGUGGAAUUGAACAUACGCGCCACAUUUCCCUUCGCUCCUCUUUUAACUGUUAUCCUAGCCCUGAUUGGGAUGGAAGCCAUAAUGUCGGAAUUUUUCAAUGAUACGACAACAGCAUUUUAUGUUAUAUUAAUCGUAUGGGCUGCUGAUCAAUAUGACGCUAUGUGCUGUCACACAUUGAUUACUCGUCGACAUUGGCUCAAGUUCUUCUAUCUAUACCAUUUUCUUUUCUAUGCUUAUGAUUAUCGAUUUGCUGGGCAAUAUUCGAGCCUUGCCCUUCUUACUUCAUGGCUUUUCAUCCAACAUUCAAUGGUAUUCUUUUUCCAUCGAUAUGAGUUACCCUCGAUUUUAAACCAAUCUGACCAUCACAAUGGUGACAUUAAUCCUGGCGAGAGUACUAAUAACAAUACCAAUGCUGAUCAACCUCCAGCAAAUGAAUCGUCUGCACCAAGUCAGGCUCAAUCAAAUAGUCAAAAUGCAGAUAAUGAUUCUUCAAUCAAUAGAUCUGGAAAUACCGACACUACUUCAAACAAUAAUGCAACUGCUAAUGAACCAGCUGAAAGCGCAAACAGAAGCUUAAACACCAAUCAGUCAACAGAAGUCUUUUGAAAUAAAUCUAAUUUAUAUCAAGCAAGAAUUUAUUUUAACUUAAAUUAGGGAAAGGAGGAACGAGAUAAAUUUGCUGUUUAAGCACAAAAUCUGUGGCAUAAAGCAUAAAAAUAUCUUUGAUGUUGCACACAGUUUAGAAAAUAAAAAAUAACAAAUGCAAAAUUUUCAUUCUAUCGAUUAAUCAUCAAGUUGUCGAAUAACUGAAGCUGUUAAUUGUGGGAGAAAAUGUAAAUUUCUGAUUGAGAUUCAUCUCAACAGAGUAACGUGAAUCGGCUGAUUUUUAUAACUCAUGAUCUCAUAUAAUUAUCAACUAUUUCAUUUCCAUCUCGAGAUCGAGAACUAAAUAUUGCUUUAAAUCAUGCUUGUGCUCAGUACGCUGUAAUUUCAUAAAUUUAUCAAAUCAAUAACUUCACGAUAAAAAUUAUUGUGAUAAUAAAUUGUUUAAAUAAUGUCAA